GGAAGUUUAAAUCUGGGGUGUAUGUUUUAGAGUAGGAGAAUACACACAGUUCUCGCAUGAAAAUCUAACAUCUCAUAAACGAAUAGUUAUUAUGAGAGUUAAAUUUUCUUAUAGAACAGUUUUUGAAAGAAAUGAAAAUGCUGGGUAUGUACGUGCCAGAAAGAUUUUCCCUGAAGUCUUCUAAGGUCCAAGAAGGAAUCGGUCUUUACACCGCCAGACGAGUGAAAAAGGGAGAGAGAUUUGGCCCCUUUGCGGGUGAGAAGAAAAUGCCAAAUGAGCUGGAUGAAAGUAUGGAUCCCAGAUUGAUGUGGGAGGUUCGUGGGAAUAAAGGAGAAGUUCUUUAUGUUCUGGAUGCUAGCAAUCCAAGGCACGCAAACUGGCUGCGUUUCGUCCAUCAGGCCCCAUCACAAGAGCAAAAAAACCUGGCUGCUAUCCAGGAUGGGGAAAAUAUAUUCUAUCUGGCUGUAGAUGACAUAGACACAGAUACAGAGCUUCUGAUUGGCUACUUGGACAGUGAUAUGGAAGAAGAAGAGGAAGAAGAGGAGGAAGAAGUUAUUAAAGAUGACGAUGAAAACAGCAAAGAAUCAAAGCAUCUUGAGAUAGCGAUCAGAAAAGAAGACCACCACUGUCUCCUGUGUGAGAGCAGUUUCCCCAGCCAGGAGAUUCUUGCGGCACAUCUGCAGACCUUGCAUCAGAGGCCCAGUGAAGACAAAGAAUUCAAGUGCAGGAACUGUGGGAAGAAGUUUCCAGUUAAACAGGCUUUACAAAGACAUGUUCUUCAUUGCACAGAAAAUGUCAGUCCAGGAGACACCUCAAGAUCCCACCAGUGCUCGCUGUGCAAUAGCACCUUCAGCUCCGAGUCAAGCUUUGAGCAGCAUAAGGAAGCGUGUAAAGGUGAUGCCAGGUUUAUAUGUAAAGCUGAAAGCUGUGGAAAGAGGUUCAAGAGUAAAGAUGCCUUGAAGAAACACAAAGGGAACGUUCACACAGGAAAUGCUCGCAAGAAACUGAUGUGCUCCAUUUGCAAUAAGAAGUGUUCUUCAGCUGUGAACCUGCAGGAGCAUCGAAAGGUUCAUGAGGUCUUUGACUGCCCAGCAUGUGACAAGAAGUUCAUUUCAACUAACCAGCUUAAACGGCACAUGAUUACUCAUUCAGAGAAACGCCCCUACACCUGUGAGGUCUGCAGCAGAUCCUUCAAACGCCUUGACCAAGUGACAGCUCACAAAAUCAUCCACAGUGAGGACAAGCCCUAUAAGUGCAAGCUCUGUGGGAAGGAGUUUGCACAUAGAAAUGUGUACAAAAAUCACAAGAAGACUCAUUCGGAAGAGAGACCAUUCCAGUGUGACGAAUGCAAGGCUUUAUUCAGGACACCCUUCUCCCUGCAAAGGCACCUGUUGAUACACAAUAGUGAAAGGACUUUCAAAUGUGAUCAGUGUGAUGCUACUUUUAAAAGGAAGGACACUUUAAAUGUUCAUAUACAGGUUGUGCACGAUGGCCAUAAGAAGUAUAAGUGUGAUUUGUGUGAAAAAGCUUUUGUGACUCCCUCUGUUCUGAAGAGCCACAAGAAGACACACACUGGGGAAAAAGAAAAAAUUUGCCCCUACUGCGGCCAGAAGUUUGCAAGUAAUGGAACCUUGAGAGUGCACAUAAGGAGUCAUACAGGUGAGCGCCCCUACCAGUGCCCCUACUGUGACAAAGCUUUCAGCAAGAAUGACGGCUUAAAGAUGCACAUUCGGACACACACAAGGGAAAAGCCAUACCAGUGCAGUGAGUGUAACAAGGCCUUCAGCCAGAAACGAGGCCUCGAUGAGCACAUGAGGACUCAUACUGGGGAGAAGCCUUUCCAGUGCGAUGUCUGUGAUCUCUCCUUCAGUUUAAAGAAAAUGCUGAUUCGGCACAAGCUCACUCAUAACCCCAACCGCCCCAUGGCAGAAUGUCAGCUUUGUCACAAGAAAUUCACAAGAAACGACUACCUCAAGGUGCAUAUGGAGAAUGUUCAUGGAGAAACAGAUGGAUAGAAAUGUACAAUAUUUGCUACAGUAUGUAGGUGAUUAUUUUCCCUACAAAAAGCAAUAAAUAAAAGGCAAAUAUAUCUGUAUUAAACUAUUACCUUAUUUUCACAUUCCAACAUUGUUUAACCAAAUCUGUAUUGUGUGACGUUUUUGUGUUCUGAAUGUAUUUGUAAUUAAAGGAAAUGUAGAAUGUUGAAAACAUUUGAGGAAACACUUUAUUUUAAUUUCAUACAAAUAUUUCAUUCUGUUACUGUACUUGCUUACGCUAAUGUUGUGUCCUGUUAUCGACCUGGGUACAAAAUCUGCUUUACAGUUAAUUAGGCUUAUUGUGUUGCAGGGAGUUCUUCUGUUUAGUUAUUUCCCUGAUAGUUAUGUUAAAAAUGCUUUUAAUCUUACGUGUCAUUUUCUCUGCAGAGAAACUGUAAUUUAACCUUUUCUAAUUUAAGUAUUUAAUUACUUUUUAAUUUUAAUUUUCUUUUUGUAAGUAACCAGGAGAAGGUAAAAUAAAAGUAAGUAUGUGCCACUUCAAUAGUUCAGUCGGUGUCAUAUUUCUGUCUCUGACUGGGGAGAAGAGCUACAUACAGUACAGUAUGAGCUGUCGAUUGUUGGUUUUACACUCUUUUUGGAUAUUCAGUGGUUUUAAAAAAAUGAUUAAUUUUAAUAUGCUUUCUAAACAUCAGAAAUAUUUGAGAGUUUAGCAUUGCCUUUUCUUGAUGCUGUGUCAUCAACAGUUGGUCAUUCACAUUUACAUUUACAGUGCCUUUCCCAGAUACACUCACUACUGUCCACAACACCUCUCCUUGGCAGAUCUACAGAUGCAGCCAUUCAAAGUGAGUGGUACAGACACAUACCGGAGGUAAUUG